AUGCCCGAUUUGCCAAUAUUAGUACAGAAUUAUUUUAGAACAGUACAGGUGCUAAGAGGAUUUGAACGAUCUCGUACACGUCACCGUCAGAGUCUUAUACCCUUAAGUGAGAGGAGUAGAUUAAUGAAAGAACCAGUGGAUGAAAAUUCAUCAUCGAAUCCAACAGAUAGCAAUUCUUCACGAUGGAAUAAAGCACGUCAAUUCAUAAUUGAAGAACGUGAAAGACAAAGUGCUAACUGA